AUGCAGAGAAUAUCGAACCAGCAUCAACAACAGAUGCUUAAUAUGAAAAAUGCAAACGCCAGCACACUGCACGGGAAAUCACCUAUGCUGAUGGCUAACAAUGAUGUGUUUACCAUAGCACCUUAUAGAUCAAAGAAGGAUUCGAAUCGAAUUUCAGUGUUACAGAAGUAUGAAAUCAUAGGAUAUAUCGCUGCUGGGACUUAUGGGAAAGUUUAUAAGGCCAAAUCGAAAGUAAAAGCUAAUUAUUCAACGAAUAAUAGUAAUAAUACUAAUUCAAAUUCAAAUAUAAAUUCAAUUACAAACCCAAGUAGUAGUAAUUCGUUGAAUGGUGCGUUGAGUAGCAACAGUGCUUUGAAUGAUUUUUUAAAUCCAAUUAGAUGGCCCAACGUACCUAGUAAUAACUCUAAAGCGAAUAACUCUAAUAAAUUGUCCAAUAUUCGAGAGCUUGGGAAUAAUGGUUCUAAUCCUAUCACUACGACAGUUUCCAAUAAUAUGAUUCAUCCUUCCUCUCAAUCUCAUAGUAAUAGAAAUACUUUGAUAGAUAUGCAAAAGCAUCCUUAUGGAGUUGAUAGAAAUUCAAAUAGUAAUUCUACCUCUUUGUCUAAUAAUUUAACUCAAAUGAAAAGUCCAAGAAAACAUCAAUUGCAGCAGUUACAAUUUCAGCAGUUACAACAACAGCAACAACAGUUGCAACAAUCUCAAUCUCAAUCUCAAUCUCAAACUCAGCUCCAACCUCAAUCACAAGCACAAUCUCAAGCACACUCCCAAGCACACUCUCAAUUGCAACAGCAAACUCAACUACAACGGCAAACUCAGUCUCAGUCUCAAUCUCAGUCUCAAUCUCGAUCUCAAUCUCAAUCCCAGUCUCAAACUCAGCCUCAAACUCAACCUCAAGUUCGGCCUCAAUCUCAUUCUCAAUCUCAAUCCCAAUCCCAAUCCCAAUCUCAAUCCCAUUCUCAAUCACAAUCCCAAUCUCAAUCCCAAUCUCAGUCUCAGUCUCAUUCACACUCGCAUUUACAACCACAAUCACAAUCACAAUCAUUACUGCGACAACAAUUGCAACCGCAGUCUCAAUCUCAAGUUCAAUCUCCACCUCAAUCUCAAACAAAUCAUCAAAAUUCACCACAUCUUCAUCAAAGUCCUCCAGUUAAUAAUUUAUUUGCCAUUAAGAAAUUUAAGACUGAAAGAGAUGGCGUAGAGCAAGUUCAUUAUACAGGUAUAUCUCAAAGUGCAUGUAGAGAAAUGUCACUUUGUAGAGAAUUAAAUAAUAAGCAUCUAACGAAAUUAGUGGAAAUUUUUUUAGAAAGAAAAUCCAUUUAUUUAGUUUAUGAAUAUGCUGAACAUGAUCUUUUACAAAUCAUUCAUUUUCAUUCACACCCUGAAAAGCGAAUGAUCCCGCAAAGAAUGAUUAGGUCUAUUAUGUGGCAAAUUUUAGAUGGCGUCUCGUAUUUACAUCAAAAUUGGAUCUUACAUAGAGAUUUAAAACCAGCUAAUAUUAUGGUCACAGUUGAUGGAGUUGUUAAAAUUGGGGAUUUAGGUUUAGCAAGAAAAUUUCAUAACAUGGUUCAAACCUUAUAUACAGGUGAUAAAGUUGUUGUCACAAUCUGGUAUCGUGCUCCAGAAUUAUUAUUAGGUGCUCGUCAUUAUACUCCUGCUAUCGAUCUAUGGGCAGUUGGCUGUAUCUUUGCUGAGUUGAUUGGUUUACAACCAAUUUUUAAAGGUGAAGAAGCUAAAAUGGAUUCUAAAAAGACUGUACCAUUUCAAGUUAAUCAAAUUCAAAGAAUACUGGAAGUAUUAGGUACACCAACUCAGAAAACUUGGCCAAAUUUAUAUAAAUAUCCUGAAUUCGACCAAUUAUCAAAAUUUCAAAAAUUUAGAGAUAAUUUGCCAAAUUGGUACCACUCAGCAGGUGGUAAAGAUAGAAAUGUCUUAGAUUUAUUAUACAAAUUAUUAAGAUAUGACCCAAUUUCGAGAAUCGAUGCCAUUAAUGCUUUAGAUCAUGAUUAUUUUACAAAUGGUCAUCAUCCAGUUUGCAAUAACGUUUUUGAUGGGUUGAAUUAUAAAUAUCCUGCAAGAAGAAUUCAUACUCAUGAUAAUGAUAUUAUGAAUCUUGGCAAUAAUAACGCUAAUAAUAAUAACAAUAAUAAUAAUAACAAUAAUAAUAACAAUAAUAAUAACAAUAAUUUUACUAACAGUAAUAGUAUUAGCAGUAGUAUAAUUAACAAUACUAACAACAAUGUUAAUACUAGCAUAAAUGUUAACUCUAAUAAUAUGAAUUCCAAUAUUAAUAGCAUCAAUGUCAGUUCCAGUAAUAAUAACAGUAACAAUAGCAAUAGCCAUAUGCAUAAUCAUGGUAACAACCAUAUGCAUAAUAAUAUGAAUAAUAUUAAUAAUAGUAUGAUGAAUAACAACCUUAAAAAUAAAAACUUUAAUCAGCAAAUUUCAACCAAUUCCAAUACCUCUGCAACUGCCGCCCUUGGGGGUCUCGGUGUUAAUAGGCGGAUAUUAGCAGCAGCAGCAGCUGCUGCUGCUGCAGUGUCGGGAAAUAAUACAGGAAAUUCAUCAGAUUCAAGAAAAUAUGAGCCACAACGAAAGAGAAGAAGAUGA